AUGGAUAAUGCAGCAAAGACUGCUAUUCCUGUUACCAAAAUAUGUGAGGACCCUGUCCGAAAGCACAAUUUUUCGCCUAAAUCGUAUUGGAAUCAAGAUAUGUCUAAAGCUGUAGCUGAAAGACGGAGAGCUUUAGCUGAGUUUAGGCGAAAUCCGACGCCAGAUAAUUUAACAUCACUUAAUUGCAAAAUAAAGCGUGCCCGUUCAAUUGUUCGUAAGGGUUAUCUUAAAUCAUUUCGGGAAUUCUGUACCAAUAUUGACAGUGUAACAUCCACUAAUGACAUGUGGGCUAAAAUAAAGUGGUUUAAAGAUAAUGUGGCAACUAAAGAUGUUAUCUCUCGUGAAAAGGCAUAUGAGUUGUUGUGUAAGUUGACACCUGCUCAAGUUACACCUCAGUCUCCAGAAUUUGGGUUAAAUAACAAUGUUCUAUCUAUUCCUACAUCACUGCAAGAAUUAAACAAUGCUGUCAAACGAUCGGACUCUGCACCUGGUUUCGAUGAUUAUGACGAUGACAUUGCAGUUUAUUUUGGUCAUAAAAAUGUAUCUCAAAUGACAAACACAAUUCAAGAGGCUUUGGAUGUGCUUGACUGUAUUCUGGGUGAUAUUGGAUUGGAUAUUUCACAGAGGAAAACUAAAUUUUGUGUAUUUCCUAGAGGUCGUAGAAAUAACGGGUCCAAGUCUGAAGAUGGAUGUGGAGCCGCUUUUUUUGAUCCUCAAUUAAACAUUAAAUUCCCACUUAAAUUAAAUUCAAAUAUUGCUAUUAUGCACUGCGAUUUGAUGGCAAUUGCUGAAACAUUAUCAUAUGUUGAAUCUGUAAAUAAUUCUCCGUUUUUAAUUUUAUCGGACUCUAAAAGCGCAUUAUUGCAUUUGGCUCGGUUACCCUCGAGGAAUCGAGGGCUCCCGAUAGCCUAUUCCAUUUUGGACUCUAUUUGCAAAUUAAAAGUUAAAAAUAAAACAGUACAAAUUCAGUGGAUACCAUCACACGUUGGCAUUGGAGGUAAUGAAGAAGCUGAUCGUUAG